AUGUUUUCAUAUGAUAGCAUGGGGACAGGAGGCGCACUUGGCCCAACGCAAAUCCGUCUCCUGCAUCUACUUCCAGCAAAAGAAAGCACCAAUCCGAUUGCGUGUCGACUUGAGGUUGUCGCAUUCGAAGAAAACCCAGUGUAUGAAGCACUUUCGUACUGCUGGGGCGACAAUACUCUGCUUCAGGGGAUAAAAUGCAACAAUGAGGCAUUUCAAGUCACCGAAAGUUUGUUCUCCGCACUGCAGCACUUGAGGAACGACCAUACUGAGCGGACACUAUGGAUCGACCCCAUUUGCAUCAACCAGAAUGAUCUGGAGCGCCAAUCUCAGGUCAAACUUAUGAAAGACAUAUAUACUAAAUCGGAAACGGUAGUUAUCUGGCUAGGUCUCGAUCCUGCCUCCGAUGGAGUCUACCACUUGUUCGAAAUGCUGCAAACGAUUUCAAAUCUUCCCAGUCCUCAAUUAAGCAAAAAAGAGAGAAUAUUCUUCGAGAUGAAUUUAUUUGAUGCUGAUCGCUGGCAUCAAGAUGAGGACAAUAUUUCAUCCAAAGUCCCGGAUGAGAUCAAGAAUGACUUCGUUAUACCUAACGAGGCCAAAAAGGGCGCAAUUGCUGUAUUGACAAGACCUUGGUGGACAAGGACAUGGACUGUUCAGGAGAUGGUUCUAGCUCCCAGUGCGACCAUCAUGUGCGGCCACUUAUCUGCUCCAGCAUCAGAGGUCCGACGUGCAUGCGCUGAUAUUCUUAUGCACGCAGUCAACGACGCCUUUGACGCUGGUGAUGAUGAUGAUGAUCUACUGAGUUUUGGAGACCUAUUUGACGACCCUAAUGGCACACUAUACAUGGCCAGGAUGCGAACACAUCCCAGUGUCAGUGCGAAGAUGGAGCUUCGAAAGCUGCUCCAGUUUCUUCGGUGGUUGAAAGCCAAAGAUCCAAGGGACAAGGUGUAUGGCUCUUUAGGUAUCGCCGCUUCCACCUACGGCAUUGAGCCGGAGUACACCAUUUCUACCGUUGAAUGCUGCACGCUUUGUUGA